CUUGUGAGAGUUGCUUUUACAAAAUAAAAUAAUGAGUUAUGGAAAAUCGACUAAGAAACGGUCUACAAUGGCUAAAUUACAGUCAGUAUUGGAUGGAGAAAAUUACUUAGGAAUUCGUGGUGAAGUUGAAGGAGAAUUUAUACAACCACCCUUUAAAACUCGAUUACGUGAAUUAUUUAGACAAAUUGAAAAAGAAUUUGAUAUCUUGUAUGCUGAGAAUCUUAGUUUACAAGAAAAAAUUGAUACAUUAAAUGAGAAAAUUGAACGUGAAUCUUUUAUUAGUGAUAAACCUGGGUACGAUUCAACUGAUUUUGAUAAUGUUGCCAAAACAGUUAAAGCUAAAUUGGGUAAUACUUCAUCACAAAAACUGAAAACAGCACAUAAACUGAAAGCUCAAACAAGUAAAAUUGUGUCCAGUUUUAAGGGGCCUAAUACACAAUGUUCAAUGAUUCGGGAAUAUAUAGGGCAUAAAGAUGGUGUAUGGGAGGUAUCGGUGUCACGUUCUGAACAACCCGUAAUUGGUACGGCAUCCGCAGAUCACACGGCAUGUAUAUGGAGUACUGAUUCCGCUCGAUGUUUAUUGCAAUAUCAAGGUCAUAAUGGCUCCGUAAAUUCACUAAGAUUUCAUCCCAAUAAAGAUUUAGUACUUACUUCAAGUGGGGAUUGUACAGCUCAUUUAUGGCAAGCUGCUGUGAAUUGGGAUAUACCGAAAGGUCAUUCGUCUGAAGAAGAACUUGAAUAUGGAGAAGAAAUUGACGAGAAAUUUGAUCGUGUAGAAACAUUACGUACACCCAUUAUGGAAUUUGGUGCUCAUUCUGGUGCAAUUGCAGCUGCUGAUUUUUUAGCUGGUGCUGAACAAGUGAUAACUGCAUCAUGGGAUCGAUUAGCAAUGUUACAUGAUGUCGAAACUGGCCUUGCUUUAAAUACACUUGGUGGUCAUGAUUUGGAACUAACUGACCUUUCAACGCAUUCAGCUCAAAAAAUGGCUGUGACAUGUUCGAGAGAUACGACAUUCCGUUUAUGGGAUUUUAGAGAACCAGCGUUUCCUGUCUCAGUAUUUCAAGGACAUACCGAGAGUGUAACAUCGGCUGUCUUCACAAGUGAAGACAAAGUGAUAUCCGGCUCUGAUGAUCGGAGUGUAAAAGUAUGGGAUUUACGUAACAUGAGAUCACCAUUAGCAACAAUUCGUACCGAUUCAGCGGUUAAUCGAUUAGCUGUUUCAGAUACGGGUAUUAUUGCAAUACCACAUGAUAAUCGUCAAAUUCGUUUAUUUGAUUUAUCUGGACAACGUUUAGCUCGUUUACCGCGCACCAGCCGUCAAGGCCACAGACGCAUGGUGGCCAGUGUUGCAUGGGCGAACGGCCAUAACACAAUUACAAAUUUGUAUUCAUGUGGAUUUGACCGUCGUGUUUUAGGAUGGUCCGUACAUCCGUAUAAAGAAAAGGAUACGUAAAUUUAUUUUGUUGGAAAUAUUUUUUCUCUAUCGUGGGUUUAUGAACAAUAGUUAUUUAGUAGUUAAACUAAAGAAAUAUAGAACGGUUCAUAACGUUUUUUUAUUGAUAAAAAAUUAUUUGGGAAGAAAAUAUUAGUGGAGAUCUUUUAAACUACCAUGACAAUUUCAAAGGCUGUAUUAUUAAUUCUUUAUGAGAGGUUCUACUAAUUAAAAAAUGUUAUGUAACUAACUACCUCGCUAUCAAUUUAAUUGUACUCGAAUAAAUUGUUUAGGAAAUUACACAUUUCAAAUUGAAUCAUGGUGGCCUUUUUUUGAGAAGUUUUACUGGUUUUGUGGGUAUUUUUGAGAAAAAAUGUUUAUUGACACCAAAUUGUAAAAUUUGUAGUAAGUUAAAACCGUUAAAACUAACAUGCGUCUUUAGAAAUAUAUUGUAUAGAAAUAGUGUCUGAUGUUGUAACAGCCUGGUGAUUCUUAUUUCUUAUUGAUCUUAUACAAGAUCAAUGAGAUACUCAGAAAGUGGACUUCAAACUUCAACCAAGUUGUUUUUAUUUCAUGUCCAUUCUACCACUGAACAUCUCAUGUAGGAAUCAGAUCCUACAAUGUCAAUGAAUCUACAGAUGAACGUCCGUUGAAAUUAAAUGUUGCAACUAAUCUAUGAAGAUGCAAUCAGGCGAUUAAUUAAUGUUGUCAUAAUACUUGAAAUAAUAUAUUCAGUUUCGUCUGUCCUUGGAUAUUUACCUAGACUUCUGGUCAUUAAGAUCUAUAUACAAAGAAAUCGCUAUGCAAUAAGGACAAUGAUCAGAUGUUAGCAAAGCUGUUAAUUGGGUUAAUUUUCUAAGAAAAUUUAACGAUAAGAAAAGUUGACUAUAAAUAAUAUAAAUAUCUAUGAAUGCAUUUUCUAAAAGGUUUGCUUUGUGGUUCAAUUUAAGCUAACGAAUGCAGUGAAUAGUUUUUUUAUUAGACACGCAUUCAAAUUGUAUUUUUUCCAGUAUAUAACGAUUGCUUUUGAACAAACCUCGAAUGUUGUUUUAGUUAAUGUUACUUUUCAAAUUAAUAAACAUUGCUUAUCAAAUUAUUCCCUAAAUUAGUAAUUGCUUUCAACUUGUUCUGUAAAAAGCCAUGUAUCUGGAGUAAUUUUGUAAGUUACACUGAAUUUAUUUAAUAAAACUCUGGGCCACCGUGUAAAUUUAUGAGUAUUUUGGAUUUGUUUCAAUACUAAAAAGGAAAUGUGUUCUUCGAAAUUUCUUGUGUAGUUGUGAUUGGAUUUUGACUCUUACCAAAACUUUAAUUGCUAAUCAAUUUCCACAAAUCAAAAAUUGUCUAUACAUUCCACUCUUAUUGUGUAAAAAGCAAAAAUAUAUUUUUUCAUUAUGUUUAUUUAGUCUUUAUUAAUAACUAAAAGGCUUGUGUUAUUUGUAAGCAUGUAAAGUCUAAAUAUUUUCUCUUUUCCGUUUUUUUGGAAUAUUUGGUUUGUAUUGAUUUUGUGAUUUAUUUAAAAAUAUACAAAAUUAAGGUAGUUUGUUACUUAAAUCACUUAAAAUGACCCCGUAUUUUUCAUAUUUAUUCGAAAUAUUAUACUUAAAUGCAGCCAUAUAAAAAAAUCGGAUUAUUCUACCGAGAGAUAUAAUUUACUAAAGCUAUGCAAAAAUAUAUGGUAUUUUAUGAGUGCCCUUGUUCAAAAAUUCCGGAAAUCGAGGUUGACUUUUGUAAAAAAGGUAAAUUUUGAGGUUAUGUUUAUGAAUUGUAUUAAACAACAGCUGACUAUAGGAUUUGACAGUUAAUUUUAGACAACUCAGUUUUAAAAAUGUUUUUACGAUUUUUAAUUAUUGUUAAUGCCGAUUGAAUUUGAUCAAUAAAAUAUUAAAUUUUGUUAUUUUAAUUUAUUAGAAAUGUUUUUUUAUCAUUAGUUGUAAAAAGUAAUUCAAAAAUGAUUGCUGACUUGACUAAGCGAUUUGGGUAACAAACUACCUUAAUAUAAAUUCCUCCCAAAGCAGCUUCAAAAGGACCCUGCAUAAAACUAAUGUAAAUCAUUAUACAUAGUCGAGUCAUGUCGAACAGAUGUGGUUCUACGAAUACUACGAUUUUCCACCGGUUUUAGCUAAAAGGCUUUGCAAAAUUAGUUUUGUGAAUUUAAUCAUAUCAUGUCGAGAAAAUGCAGGUGUUACCAUCAAGAUUAGUAGCUAUUCAUUAGAUGUAUGACUAGCCUUUGUAGUGACAUACUGUAUAAAAUCAAUAAAGAGAGGGGUAAUUUAAAUUGACAAGAUUUGAGCAAUUUGAACCUUAGUAAAAAGUGUUGAAAAAAAUAUUAAUUAUUAAUUAUAAAAUUUAGAAU